CCUUGAUUCUCAAUCUGUCAGGAAUACGGCGUGCUUGUGUUGGUGGUUGCCGGCCACGCCCAGCCGAGGCCAGCAGCGAUGGAUGCCAUGGCCAUGGGAUGGAACUUGCUUGCAUUGCCGUGCUUUGGGGCGAUUCCAAGCUUGCCGAAAGAGGAAACCGCGCCGCGCCGUCAGGGGAAGGGAAUGCCGCCAUGACUGGUUAUUAUUAGCAUGCACCAAGGAGGAGGAGGCGGCAGCCGCGCCCGCCGCACCCGGGACAGCUGCGCCGCCGCCCUCGCCAACACCCUCUGCUCCCUCCUCCUGGGCCUCCUCCUCGUCGCCGGCGUCGUCCUCUUCGUCCUCUGGCUCGGCCUGCGCCCGCACCGCCCGCGCUUCAACAUCGCCUCCUUCUCCGUUGCCGGCGGCCUCGACCCGGACUCCAGCCCCGCCGGCGCCAGCCUCGCCUUCAACGUCACGGACCGCAACCCCAACCGCCACAUCGGCAUCUACUACGACGCAAUGCACGCCUCCGUCCACUUCUACGACGCGCUCGUCGCCUCCGGCCCGGCCUUCGCCGCCGGCUGGUACCAGCCCAACAAGACCACCACCUCCAUCACGGGCCGCCUCGACGUCCGAGGCCCCGACACCACCGACGCCUCAUGGCCCACCUUCUCCGCCGCCGUCCGGGCCGGCCGCGUCCCGCUGCGCCUGCAGCUCACCACCGCCAUCCGCUUCAGGGUCACCAACGCCUUCCACUCCGGCAGCCAGAGGAUGCACGUCAGCUGCGACCUGGUCGUCGCCGCCGACGGCGACCUGCUGCCGGACUCCGUCGGGGCCGCCUGCGACAGAUACUUGUGAUCGGCUUUUCCCCUCAUCAAGAAUACACGAAAUCACAAUUAUAUUAUAUGCUGUGGAAAUAUUAUUAUGAGAUUUCUUGAUUCUCUCACAGCAAACUAAUGAUGUUUAUCGGCCUCUUGUUUCAUUCA